GCAGUCAGUUAUUAACGAGCGCUACUCCCAACAGCAACAUCGCUCAGCGGCAGCAGCAGCAGCAAAAGCAAAAGCAACAGUAACAACAGCAACACGAGUCACUCAAACGUGGAAGCGAGACGGGAAUAUCAGCACUCCACUCGCCUCGUUUCACUUCGAUUCACAAGCGUUUGAGUCGGAGAGCGGCGAACGGCCAACGAAUUCAGUUUGUGUCGAGACGUUGUCGGUGGCACGUCGCAUCCAAAAGAACGCUCAGUCAGCUGGGAAAUAUACUGAGAAAAGAUACAAUCGCAGAUACAAGUGCUAAGCCAAAGUGAACCGUGCAGUUCGCGCAACUAAACAAUUUUAAGCCAAAUAAAACUACACAAGGCCAACAAAGACAGUAUAAUGUCUUCCACAUCGGCCUCGCCCAUCAGCAACAUAACCGUGGAUGACGAGCUCAACUUAAGCAGAGAACAAGACUUUGCUGAGGAGGAUUUCAUAGUGAUCAAGGAGGAGCGCGAGACGAGUCUCUCCCCCAUGCUAACGCCCCCGCACACGCCCACCGAGGAGCCGCUGAGGAGAGUGCAUCCGGCGAUAAGCGAGGAGGCGGUGGCCACCCAGCUGCACAUGCGACACAUGGCCCACUACCAGCAGCAGCAACAACAGCAGCAGCAACAGCAGCAGCAGCAUCGCCUGUGGCUGCAGAUGCAGCAGCAGCAGCAGCAACAUCAGGCUCCACAGCAGUAUCCGGUUUAUCCCGCAGCCAGCGCCGAUCCCGUGGCCGUGCACCAGCAGUUGAUGAACCACUGGAUCCGCAACGCAGCCAUCUACCAGCAGCAACAGCAGCAGCAGCAACAUCCGCACCCCCAUCACCACCACGGGCAUCCUCACCACCCGCACCCACAUCCCCAUCAUGUGCGUCCCUAUCCCGCUGGCCUCCAUAGUCUUCAUGCCGCGGUCGUGGGUCGCCACUUCGGAGCCAUGCCCACCCUGAAACUGGGUGGUGCCGGUGGAGCGAGUGGUGUUCCCAGCGGCGCAACUGGCAGCAGUCGGCCAAAGAAGCAGUUCAUCUGCAAGUACUGCAACCGGCAGUUCACCAAGUCGUACAAUCUGCUCAUCCAUGAGAGAACCCACACGGACGAGAGGCCCUACUCCUGCGACAUCUGCGGCAAGGCCUUCCGGCGGCAGGAUCAUCUGCGGGACCACCGGUACAUCCACUCCAAGGACAAGCCCUUCAAGUGCAGCGAUUGCGGCAAGGGCUUCUGCCAGUCGCGCACCCUGGCCGUGCACAAGGUCACCCAUCUGGAGGAGGGUCCGCACAAGUGCCCCAUCUGCCAGCGGAGCUUCAACCAGCGGGCCAACCUCAAGAGUCACCUCCAGAGCCACAGCGAGCAGAGCACCAAGGAUGUGGUGGUGACCACCUCACCAGCCACUUCACAUUCCGUGCCAAACCAGGCAUUGAGUUCGCCUCAACCUGAGAAUUUGGCACAGCAUCUGCCCGUCCUGGAUCUAUCCUCGUCAUCCUCGAGCUCAGAGAAGCCCAAGCGGACGCUUGGCUUCACCAUCGAUGAGAUCAUGAGCAGAUAGAUUGAAGGACCAGCGAAACCCGGUAUCCGGUUUCUUUUGAGACAUUCUAGAAGAGAUUCAGAGAGCUGGACGGCCGCCAGGCAUGGGAAAUGCCUGGAAUGGAAAACCAAGCGAGUCCAGCCCGCAUUCUGGCCAAAGGUGCAAGUGGAAAAUCCUCGCCAGCAACUCGCAAUCGCAACCCAGUGAGCAGAAGAGUCAUCCUCCGUGCAAUCGGUUCUAUGUAGCAGACCCCAAUUGCGUUAAACAAAUGCCAAAGUCAAAUAGCAGAGGAAAACUGAUGAAAAAUCCAAUGAAAAGUAUUGCUAGCACAAGCCUCCUACAAAUCAAUUCCAAAACACACACACAACUGUAAACUAUAAACUUAAAUAAAUAGCACUUAAUUUACAUUGUAAUCUAACUAUAUAUUAUUGUAUGUACCUUAUAGUCGUAGUAGCCCAUUCAGUUCGUAGUGCUUAUGGAUUAAACCAAAUGUUAUGUUACAAUAGCUCAAUCAAACAAACCUCAAACCCGCUUUGGUUAUUGAAAGACUGUUUUAAUUAUUAUAUUUAAAUAGUACUUGAAUAAAUCAAUCGAUCGAUUGUGUAAUGUUAAA